UGCUCGCUCCUUAUAGCUCCACGCCCCCCGCAACCCAGCAACAGAGAAACACACGCUUCAAUCAUCUCUUUUACCCUGCUACCACACUCCUUUUCUCUGAAUUGAAAAGAUGAGAUUUGGAAAAGUCGGCAGAUUUAUUGACCAAAUCAUUCGCCAAAGUGGUGUGAAUCGUACAGCCUCCGAUUUUAAGGCUGCUCCACUCUCGCCUGCACUUCUUUCAAAGCAUGGUCAAGAUGGAAGUGGGUCUACUGGAAUGAUGUCCUUGAAAGUAUUUGCACUUCUUGGUGCUGGGGCUUCAGGUCUCCUGAGUUGUGCAACAGUAGCUUACUCUUCUGAUGAGGCCGAGCACGGGUUAGAGUGUCCCAGCUAUCCAUGGCCCCACAAAGGGAUUCUCAGUUCAUAUGACCAUGCUUCGAUUCGUCGUGGUCACCAGGUUUACCAGCAAGUUUGUGCAUCAUGCCACUCAAUGUCUCUUAUUUCUUAUCGCGAUCUGGUUGGUGUGGCUUACACUGAGGAAGAAACUAAAGCUAUGGCAGCAGAGAUUGAAGUGGUUGAUGGUCCAAAUGAUGAGGGUGAGAUGUUCACUCGCCCUGGGAAACUGAGUGAUCGUUUUCCUGAGCCUUAUCCUAAUGAACAAGCUGCAAGGUUUGCCAAUGGAGGGGCCUAUCCCCCUGAUCUAAGUCUUAUCACUAAGGCCCGCCAUAAUGGUCAGAAUUAUGUUUUUGCUCUUCUAACUGGGUACCGUGAUCCUCCUGCUGGCGUGAUGAUUCGAGAUGGGCUACACUAUAAUCCUUAUUUCCCUGGCGGAGCUAUUGCUAUGCCUAAAAUGCUUAAUGACGGUGCUGUCGAAUAUGAAGAUGGUAUCCCUGCAACAGAGGCACAGAUGGGAAAAGAUGUCGUAUCAUUUUUAUCAUGGGCUGCUGAACCAGAAAUGGAAGAACGAAAGCUGAUGGGUUUCAAAUGGAUCUUCGUAUUGUCUCUCGCACUUCUCCAAGCAGGCUACUAUAGACGUUUGAAAUGGUCAGUUUUCAAGUCCCGGAAGUUGGUCCUCGAUGUUGUCAACUAAACCUCGAAGAGUUUUAUCAAGAUGUUCAAGCACUAGUAGUUAAUUAACAUAGGAAAUUAAUUUUAGGUUUCACGUUCUAUAGCCUAUGCUAAUCAGUAUAAUAAGUAUGUUUUUUGAGUAAUAAAUACUACUUGGAUACACUGUAUGUUUUUACUUUUUAUUCACUGCCCUUGUGUCUGUAACAAUUGAGGGUUAGUUUCUCUAUAACAAUCUUGAUGUGCUGUAUGUUGCACCGUUUGGAAAACUUUUGAAUGAAAGUUUAUUUAUUUUGUGUA